ACUUUAGUUAAAAUGUGACGGGUCAAGCACAUUAUCAGCACCAGGUGUAUAUAAGGAACACUACAUGAACACAGAGGUAGAGGAGGUCACCAGAGAGCAGUCACCAUGAGGAUCGUCAGCCUUGGUCCUGAUCCAUCUCUGGUUUAUCGACCCAAUUUGGAAGAGAAGAAAAAAGAAGAGUACAGAAACUAUGAGCAUGGAGAUUUGAUUGAUCGGGUUUUUAACACCUACAAACUGAUGCACACCAACCAGACCCUGACGUUUGUCCAGCAGAAGCACAUAGAGUGGACAAGCUUCACCCACAGUAAGAUGAGGAUGAUGGAGGCCAUCAUGUCUCUGGACCAGCUGGUGGACGAGUCUGAUCCAGAUGUGGACUUCCCCAACUCCUUCCACGCCUUCCAGACCGCUGAGGGCAUCCGCAGGGAGCACCCCGACAAAGACUGGUUCCAGCUGGUUGGCCUUAUCCAUGACGUGGGCAAGAUCAUGGCUCUGUGGGACGAGCCCCAGUGGGCAGUGGUUGGAGACACUUUCCCCGUUGGCUGCAAGUUUCAAAAUAAUAUAGUUUUUCGAGAUACUUCCUUUAAACAGAAUCCAGAUGAGAUUAACCCAAAGUACAGCACUGAAUGUGGCAUCUAUGAGCCGAACUGUGGCCUGGACAAAGUGCUCAUGUCCUGGGGUCAUGAUGGUAAGACUCUCAAACACAGCAUUAAUCCAGGGGACUUCAAAAUACAUUUACAAAUACAUUUCUUGACAUUUUCUAAUUUCUUAACUGUAGAAUAUCUUUACCGGGUUCUGAAGUUCAACAACUGCUCCAUCCCUGAAGAAGGGCUAUACAUGAUCCGCUUCCAUUCCUUCUACCCGUGGCACUCUCACGGAGACUACUUCCAUCUGUGCAGUGACAAAGACCUCCAAAUGCUGCCCUGGGUCAAAGAAUUCAACAAAUUUGAUCUGUAUACCAAGACCACAGACCUGCCAGAUGUGGAGAAGCUGAAACCAUAUUACCAGUCGCUCAUUGACAAGUAUUGUCCUGGAAUACUCAAGUGGUGAAAGACAAUGAUAAACAUAUAUUAUAAAACAUGGGAUCUUAUUCUAAUGCCACGUUAACAGUAUUUACGUGUAAACUUUGUAAAUGAUCAAAAGCGCAAAGUGACAGUUAAAUUGCACAAAAUAUAAAAAGCACUUUUUAUUAUGUAAUAAAAUGUUUUUAUGAAUCA